GGGUGAGGCUGGCCGGUGGGCAGAGAUGCGAGCGGGUUGAGCGAGAGCCUGAGUGGGAGAAGCUCUCAGGUGUGGGCCACAGGGUGCUCUCAGGGCGCCUCAGUCCGGUCGGAGGCCUCCGGAGGGAUUCAUGACGGCUCCGAGUGACCUGGCCGGAGGGAACGAAGACAAAGAGGCCGGAACCCCGCACCCGCCGCUCCUAGACCUGAGCUCCGCGCUCGCGAACCUCGCAGCCCUCGGAGCGCCUGGCCACCACCCGAACUCGUCCUCAGGAGACCCAUGACUACUGCCCCCUCGGAAUUCCUCUCUCCACCAACUCAGUGUGACUCUCCCCAAACCCACUCGGACCUCGCUUCAGGAGGCAAAAUCAACUUCUCUCAGUGCGCGAGAUUUCCCGUCAGUAGUUCCCGGAUGUUUACUGAGCGCUUACUUCUGCUGAGGAAACUGCUUACAGAGACAGACUCAUCUGCAGGUGAUUCCCCAAGGACAUGGGAAGAUGGGCUUAAGCCCUGGAACCUAGACCUUUAAGUGAAGGGAAGCUGCUUCCUGCUGUGAACCAUGGCCAAACCCACCCUGAGAGGGAAUGGCUCUAACUCUGAGGCCUUCCGACAGCGCUUCAGGAAGUUUCAUUAUCAGGAGGUGGCUGGGCCCCGGGAGGCUUUCAGCCAACUCUGGGAACUCUGCUGUCGUUGGCUAAGGCCAGAGGUGCGCACCAAGGAGCAGAUUGUAGAGUUGUUGGUGCUAGAGCAGUUCCUGACCGUCUUACCUGGGGAGAUCCAGAACUGGGUACAAAAGCAAUGUCCAGAAAGUGGAGAGGAGGCAGUGACUCUGGUGGAAGACUUAGAAAGAGAGCCUGGAAGACCUGGACGUUCGGUCACAGUCUCUGUGAAGGGGCAGGAAGUGCGCUUGGAGAAGAUGACACCCCUGAAAUCAUCACGAGAGUUAUUAAGUGUUCGGCAGGAGUCAGUGGAACCCCAGCCCAGGGGUGUACCCAAGAAAGAGAGGGCAAGAAGCCCAGACCUGGGACCACAGGAGCAGAUGAACCCAAAGGAGAAGCUCAGACCUAUUCAAAGGAGCGGAUUUCCAUGUUCUAAAUCCAGCAUGGUCUCCAGCUUGGAGCAAGGAGAGCCAUGGAUCCCAGAUCUGGGCUCCAAGGAGAAGGAACUCCCAAGAGGCAGUCACACAGAAGACAGAAGAAUGCCUGCUGAUCUGUUACUGUCCAGAAGAGAGAGAAGCAGCUGGGUGGACCAGGAUCACUGGGGCUUUGAAGAUGAGAAGGUGGCAGGUGUGCACUGGGGCCAUGAAGAGACCAGAACUCUUCUCGCAAUUCUCAGUCAGCCUGAGUUUUAUGAGGCUCUCCGAAACUGUCAUCGGAACAGCCAAGUGUAUGGGGCUGUGGCAGAGCGGCUCCGGGAGUUUGGGUUCCUCCGGACCCUGGAGCAGUGUAGGACCAAGUUCAAAGGUCUCCAGAAGAACUAUCGAAAAGUCAAGAGUGGCCACCCACCUGAGACCUGUCCCUUUUUUGAAGAGAUGGAAGCCCUGAUGAGUGCCCAGGUCAUUGCCCUGCCCAGUAAUGGCCUGGAGGAGGCAGCUUCUCACUCUGGCCUGGGAGGCAGUGAUGCUGAGACCGAGGAGCCAGAGCAAGAGGGCUGGCACCAUGAAGAGGGAGAGGAGGCCACAGCUGAAGAGUCCGACAGUGACGAAGUGGGCCAAGAGGCCACCCCCCAGGACCCUGACAGCUCCACCACACCUGUCCUUUUCCGUAGCCCAAGUGGUGUGCACUGGGGCUAUGAAGAGACAAAGACCUACCUUGCAAUUCUUAGUGAGACUCAGUUUUACGAAGCCCUUCGGAACUGUCACCGCAACAGCCAGUUAUAUGGAGCUGUGGCUGAGCGGUUAUGGGAAUAUGGCUUCCUCAGGACACCGGAGCAGUGUCGGACCAAGUUUAAGAGCCUACAGACCAGUUAUCGGAAAGUCAAGAAUGGCCAAGCACCAGAGACCUGUCCCUUCUUUGAAGAGAUGGACGCUUUGGUGAAUGCCCGGGUGGCUGCCCGGCCUAGUGAUGGCCAGGAAGAAGAGAUAGCCUUAUGCCCCAUGCAGGAGACCAGUGAGGCUGAAGCCGAAAAGCAAGCCGAGCAGGCAGUCGAGGCCAUAGAAGAUGAUUCUGAAGAUGAUGAAGAGGAUCCCGAGAUACCUCCAGAGGCACUGACCCGCGCUCCAGUCUUAUUUCAGAGUCCCAGUGGUUUCGAGGCUGGAUUUGAGAAUGAAGCAAAUCUAAAACGGGAUAUUUCUGAGGAAGUACAACUACAUAAGACAUUACUUGCAAGGUCUGAAAGGAAAAUUCCCCAGCAUCUUAAUCAAAGGAAAGGCAAUGAGAGUGAAUGCAGAUCUGGAAGACAGUGGGAAAACACCCCGGGAGAGAAAAAAGGAAAACCAACAUUCCCUGAAAGGAGUUUAGGUAAAGUUCCAAGUCAUCAGAGAACUUACUUGGGAGAGAGACCCUAUAAAUAUCUGAGAUACGGCAAAAGCUUUGGUCCAAACUCCCACCCUAUGCAUCAGCUAGCCCAUCAAGUGGAAAAUCCAUAUAAAUGUGCCGAUUGCGGGAAAAGCUUCAGUCGGAGCGCUCGCCUCAUUAGACACCGGAGGAUCCACACUGGAGAGAAACCUUACCAAUGUCUUGACUGUGGGAAAAGUUUCCGUGAUAGCUCAAAUUUCAUCACCCACAGAAGAAUCCACACAGGAGAGAAACCAUAUGAGUGUGGUGAGUGUGGAAAACGCUUCAAUCAGAGCUCAAGCCUUAUCAUUCACCAGAGAACCCACACAGGAGAAAAGCCCUAUCAGUGUGAAGAGUGCGGGAAGAGUUUCAAUAACAGCUCUCAUUUCAGUGCACAUCGGAGGAUACACACAGGAGAGAGACCCCACGUGUGUCCCGACUGUGGGAAGAGCUUCAGCAAGAGUUCUGACUUACGUGCACACCACAGAACCCACACUGGAGAGAAGCCGUAUGGGUGUCAGGACUGUGGCAAGUGCUUCAGUAAAAGUUCCGCUCUUAGUAAGCACCGAGAGAUCCACACACGAGAGAAACUUCUGUCACAGCCAGCACCUAAGUAAGCCCUUGAGGAUCUAUGAGAAAACCAGCCUCAUUACAUGUAUUGAAAUUGUUUGGAAAUAGUUCUCCAGUAGUGAGAUCCAUCUUCUAAUCUGUGCCCAACUAGUUAAGGAAACAGUCUAGAAUUUACCCCACUGCUUGUUCCUGUGUUUCUCUUGGAUCUAGAGUAAGAAUGAAAGGAAGAUUCGUUCCCUCUCCUUGCUUGUAUUGACGGUAACACCCUUUCCUCUCAGAGCCUGUGUUGUUCCCCUAACAGAGAGGACACAGUAGCAGAUCCUGUGAAAUUUGAUGUGUUCCCUUUACUCAUCACGUUACGCAGUUGCAUUUCAACUAGAAAAACCCACACUGCAGCAUUUCAUGGAGAAGUAGUGAGGAUUCUCACUGAAUGGGUCUAGCUCUUUGUACAGUAAUGGAAAUGCAUAAAAUGAUUUUUUUUCCUGCUCACUUAAGUCUGUGCUCAGAAUGAUAUACUUAUCACACACACUCCUUUACCUUAAAGAAGGAGCCUCUAAGUGUCCAGUCUGGUUCUGACCUAUAAACCAUUUUGUCAAAAAUCUAGGUGUGCUUAUAUGGGGGAACAGUGUAAACCUCAUAUAAACAGUGAGGUGUGAACCCUGAAUUUCUUACUGUCUUCAAAGCCCCAGAAGCUUUGGAAUAGAGUAACACUGUAUUUACAGCACUUAUUGUGAUUUUUUUUUUCUGGUCUGUCUCAUCUAAAUUUUGUCUGUCCCUUGUGGUCCAGAAGCCCAAAGAGGAAGGCAAGGGGAUGCAGUAAUACGGAAAGCAGUUAGAACUGCCAUAAUCCACACACCCUAACACCGGGGUGAGUGUCACGCACCCUGUGGACACAAUACUAACGUGCGAUGAGCAGAAGCCACUGGCUAUGCUCCCACAGACUGGGAAAACAGACCACUUUGUGUCAGAAACUCUUUACCCUAAUGGUAAGGGGGACAAACUAUCUUUGGUCAGUGGAGCUGACAAUACUUACACACACGCACACACAUUCAACUGUAUACAUCUAUUUUUAAAAGCAGCUCUUCAAACAAGUGUGACUGAUAUCAUAGAGAUGGUAUUGAAUUAACUGCCCACAUAUUCGCAGUAGUAUGAGCCUGUACAGCACAAGUUAAACAGACCCCGUCCUUGUCCUUACAACCUACAACAGAUGACACUGACAUGAACAAAUACGUACAGUUACAAUGGUUUUAGAGAAAUUUAGAAAGCUAGGUAGUAACACUAGGCAUAAAAGUUAAGGUCUAAAGCAUUAGAGUUUGGGGAAAAAAUGAGAGGUAUUUUCUUCUCUUUAAUCAUGAAGGUUUCAUGAAGCAGGAAGUGCUCAGAGGGAAGGUUUACUGGGCAAGAUGAACUUUCCAAAACUAACUGUAAAACUGCAUGCUGAAUGGGUGAGAAAUGGGAAAACUGGGGAGCAAGGGAGCAGAGGGCAAAGGACAGACUGUAAGGAAGGUGAGCCAAUGCUCAGAGGAGCACAAAUUUGAGGGGUAGCACAAUAAGGCUGUGCAGGGGGCAGAGAGGGACUUGCUUCAGCUGAAACGUGGAGGGCCAGGAACACCAUGGACGGGCUUCCAUCCCCCAGAAUAUUAGUAUAUCAGGGCCUGUGCUGCACUUGCUGAGUGGCACUGGGUAAGAAAGAUGAGCGGUUUUAGGGGACUAGCUCCUAUGGGAGACAAAGGUCAGGAACCAGUAUCCUGAGAGAAGAUAUUUCGAAUGGCAGGUCAAAGGAAAGAAGAUGCCCAAUGGCUAAGGUCUGAGAUAAGUAGCCGUGUCACAGUCACAUUUAUGAGCUCUCAGAUAGGAAUGAGAUCUGGGAGAGAAAUGGGGAGAUAGGAUAUUCUAAAAUCCACAGCUUACUGUGGUAGACAGUAAUGAUGUCUACCAAUGAUGAACUGGAGUUCUGGUGCUGAGGGAAUUUCCUAAGUCUUAGGAAUUAAGGGGAGGUGGUAUCUCAGUUAUGUUGCCUAAACAGACAGGGAGAUAACAAGAAACACCAGUGUAAAGCAAUGCCUCAGGAUCUGGGAUAAUUUAGGCAGUGUGCUGUAAUGUUUUUAAAACAUGAGAGUACUGUGUUCAGUAUGUCUGUGUAUAGUCUUGUGGAAAAAGCACUGGUUGUGGUAUCAACAGAUAUGAAUUCUGGUUCCAGAUGUCUUACAUGUAAGUCAACCUGCCUCCAUUUCCCUUUGUGUAAAGUAGAACAAUGUUUACACCUUAAUUUGCCUCUCAGGGAUACCAAGUUAAUAAAAAUUAUAAAGUG